UGAGGUCGAGUUCCCCUGGUUUCAUAUGCUGUUAUUAGUGAGGUCGAGUUCCCCUGGUUUCAUAUGCUGUUAUUAGUGAGGUCGAGUUCCCCUGGUUUCAUAUGCUGUUAUUAGUGAGGUCGAGUUCCCCUGGUUUCAUAUGCUGUUAUUAGUGAGGUCGAGUUCCCCUGUUCUCUGAUUUCUUUUUUCAAUAACUGUUAAAUCAUGAAAUUUCAUGAAUUUCUGCAGAAUGGGUGGAUGGCUGUAUUUUGUUACCCUGUUAAGUUGUUUUUGUUUCAUGCGAAUUUAUACAGUUAGUGCACAGCAACUGUAGGUUGUGUUGUACAAAUGGCAAUAAUUGCUAUUUGAAUAGAAAGAAUAAUAGAAUCACCCUCAAGGUAGUGGGAGAUGUUAUAUUUCUGCCGGCAGGGGGCGCUACAGUUCAUUCUGACGUGGGAUUCGGGAGUCCUAUAAAUUAAAUAUUCGAGUCCUUGUAAUAAACGGUGUAUUAUGCAAAACGUUAUAUUUCUACACAUUAACACACAGUUUAAUACCGAUUUAAUGAGUAAAUACAAUCAUUUGAGCGUUAAAAUGCAGUAGCCCACUCUGAAAUCUAAUAUCCUGGAUUGUAUUAUAAGGAGCUAUUAUUACAGCAACCUUUAAUAGUUGAUGUAGGCCCAGCUACCUCAUGCAAACGUAUGCAAAUAAUGAAGAGUAAAAUAUUAAACCGCCAACAGGGGGACAGUCUCUAAAAGCAGUUAUAGUUUUACAUCUUUGUGAUGUCAUUCUCUGUUGGAGCAUUUCGCGGCAGCAGCAGGCGACACAGGUUGGGGGAAUAACGAGAGAGAGGGGGGCAGUUGACAGUUUACCAGGCGUACAAGACUGGGAAACGAAGCCAAUAGACUAGCUACAACUUAAAGGACGAAAGCAGCUGUCCGUCAACCUCUCCAAAACGCAGUCAUGUUAUCUUUAUCCAGUAGGAUAUGUUUUUAUUCUGAAUAGGCUUUUAUUCUCCAAUCACGUCGUUUUCUUCUCCCAAAACAUCCCAGGGCAGGAUAGAGUGGAUGUUAUUGUAAUAAUAGCCAUGAAUUCGGCGGAACAGACGGUAACGUGGCUGAUAACGUUGGGGGUCUUGGAGUCACCGAAAAAGACAAUUUCUGACCCUGAAGGAUUCCUGCAGUCUUCUCUCAAAGAUGGGGUUGUCCUGUGCAAGCUGGUGGAGCGAUUGCGCCCUGGUUCUGUUGAGAAAAUCUUCCAAGAACCAAGGAAUGAUAGUGAGUUCCAGAGCAAUAUAAAGGAGUUUCUGAAAGGCUGCGGGUCCUUCCGAGUGGAGCCAUUUGAGGUCAAUGACCUUCUCCAGGGACUGAACUUCGCCAAGGUGCUCAACUCGCUGGUGGCACUGGCCAAAGCCACCGAGGACAUAGGAGUGGGCAGUGACUCUGUGUGUGCGCAUCACUCGUCCUCGUUACGGAUCAAGUCGUUUGACUCUCUGAACACUCAGUCUCCCCGCGGACGCUCCUCCAAACUCCUCCACAACCAGUACCGCAGCCUGGACAUGUCGGAGAGCGGUGGGCAGCGGGUACUGGUGAAGGCCAAGUUCACCUUCCAGCAGACCAAUGAAGACGAGUUGUCCUUCAACAAGGGUGACAUGAUCAGCGUGUCGCGCCAGGAAGACGGCGGCUGGUGGGAGGGCACGUUCAACGGCAACAAGGGCUGGUUCCCUAGCAACUACGUCAAGGAGGUCAAAGGCAGUGACAAACCAGUGUCUCCUAAGUCUGCCACCCUCAAAAACCCUGUGAAAGGCUUUGACACACCAGCUGUCAGCAAGACCUACUAUAACCUGGUUCUCCAGAACAUUCUAGAGACCGAGACCGAGUAUUCCAAGGAGCUCCAAAGCCUACUGACCUCAUACCUGCACUCACUGCAACCCACAGACACGUUGAGCAGUGCAGACGUCAGUCACAUCCUGGGGAAUCUGGAGGACAUCUCUACCUUCCAGCUGAUGUUGGUUCAGUCCUACGAGGAAUGUACCAAGCUUCCAGAGAGCCAGCAGAGAGUAGGGGGCUUCUUCCUCAACCUGCUGCCCCAGAUGAAGGCUCUCUACAUGGCCUACUGCUCCAACCACCCCUCGGCUGUCAACGUCCUCACAGAACACAGUGAGGAACUGGGGGAGUUUAUGGAGGGGAAGGGAGCCAGUAGUCCAGGUAUCCUGACCCUCACCACUGGCCUCAGUAAACCCUUCAUGAGGCUGGACAAAUACCCUACACUGCUGAAGGAACUGGAGAGACACAUGGAGGAGCAUCAUCCUGACCGACCAGACAUCCAGAAGUGUUUGACCUCCUUCAAAAGCCUCUCUGCUCAAUGUCAGGAGGUGAGGAAACGUAAGGAGCUGGAGCUGCAGAUUCUAACUGAGACGAUCAGGCGCUGGGAGGGAGAUGACAUCAGAACCCUGGGCCCUGUCCUGUACAUGUCACACACACUCUGCCACACACACGGAUCAGAGGAGAAGAGUGAACGCUACCUCCUGCUGUUCCCAAAUGUUCUCCUUCUGCUGUCUGCCAGCUCCAGAAUGAGUGGAUUCAUCUACCAGGGUAAGCUGCCAUUGGCAGAAAUGCUUAUCUCAAGGAUAGAAGAUUGUGAGAUGGUCAAAAACGCUUUCGAAAUAUCAGGCAGUACGUGUGAGCGCAUGCAGGUGGUGUGUAACAACCAGCAGGAUCUGCAGGAGUGGGUGGAGCAUCUGUCGAGACACACUCAGAUCAGAAACGCCCCCUCCGGGAUCAUGACCACACCCACCGCCAAGCCCCAGUCUGUCCCCUGCCACACGCUCCCGUCCCAUCCCCUGACCCCCACCAGACACUCAGAGAGUAGGGGUGUAUCUGGGGGCCCUGCCUACCACACCCUACCCCACCCCUCCUCCCACGGGGCCCCUCAAACCCCCCCCAUGUGGGGUCCCCUGGAGCCCCCCAGCACCCCCAAACCCUGGAGCCUCAGCUGCCUCCGCCCCGCGCCCCCACUCAAGCCCUCGGCAGCACUUUGCUAUAAAGAGGAGCUGAGUAAAAGUCCUAAGAGUAUGAAGAAGCUGCUGCCUAAGCGUAAGCCUGAGAGGAAACCUUCAGAUGAGGACUUUGCUACCAGGAAGAGCACUGCAGCUCUGGAGGAGGAUGCCCAGAUCCUGAAAGUGAUUGAGGCCUACUGCACCAGCGCCAAAACACGACAGACACUCAACUCAACAUGGCAGGGUACUGAUUUGAUGCAUAACCACGUGCUGGCCGAGCCAGUUGACCGGUCCAGUGUGGACACUAUAGGUUGCCGUAGCAGCCUGUCCAGAGGGACCGAGCCCUGUUCUGACCUAUCAGAGGACUCGGAUUAUGACAGUAUUUGGACCGCCAGUAGUUACAGGACCUCCUCCGUUUCUCGAUCCAGGGAGAAGUCAAGUCUGCACAUGCUCUUCCCUGAGGAGGAGAAGAUCAUCGUGGAGGAGACCAAGAGCAACGGACAGACUGUCAUCGAGGAGAAGACUCUAGUAGACACGGUGUAUGGGCUGAAGGAUGAAGUACAGGAGCUGAAACAGGACAACAAGAAGAUGAGGAGGACCCUGAAUGAAGAGCAGAAAGCCAGGAAGGAGCUGGAGAAGAUCCUGAGGAGAGUCCUGAAGAACAUGAACGACCCCACCUGGGACGAGACCAACUUGUGAGUACUCAGGUAACAUCGCAUCAGCAUGGUUGGGUUCGGGCUCCACCGUGACUGGACCAAAAUUGUUAACCACGAAGCCAUCUGGUGUAACACUGUGAACUGACACUGUGGAACACUGAUCUGUCACUGUUGUAAGAGACUGGGUGUGGUUCAAAGUCAAAACAGCCAAUGAAAAUGCAACAUAGCGUCCCUGAAUCACUCUGGAAGAUAAUUGGCUGCGGCAUGGACCUCGGACCUCAGACCUCUUUGUGUGGAUCUGGGAUCGGAAAGAGGCUGGAACAAUCACACUAGUGAAGAUGCGUCUGACGUCACUGACUGUCUCCUUCCGGGUGCUUCUCAAAGGGUGAUUCCUCUCUACCUCUCCCCUUCUGCACUGAUCUGAAAGCAGGUGAAAACAACAUGGGAAUUUUCUGUCACUUGUACAGUACUUUAACAUCCGUGAUGAGGAAAGGAAGUAAGUUCAGACUAUUGAGAUCCAUCCUCUGCAUGUAGAGGAAUAGUCUCAGGGAAUAAAUACUAGAGACAGUGGCUGCAUCUCAAUAGUGGGUUUGCUCUUCUCAUCUUUGCUGAUCUGCACCGUUAUGUGCAGUAGGUCCCUAGUGCCUACAAAGGGAUUUCCUUUCACCUGUCCAGUUUUAUGCAGAGGAAAGGUAGACUAUUGAGAUGCAACCCAGACGAUUUUGACAGAUGAUGAUUUUGUCACUGCCUGCAUUACCCUGCUACCAAGCUCCUCAACACCCCCACCCUCCUCUUACCCCACUCUGGAGCAUCUCCCUGCCCAUUCCUCUGAGCCUUGUAGGAACCUAUGGCCAACACACAGAACAGCGUAACCUCUAGCUCAUUCUGCAUGUUUCCAUGGAAACCUUAGCAAUCCAAUACUGGAACGUUUUCAGGUGAUUUUUGUGGUUUUCUGAUGAUGAUUAUUUGAAGUAUUCUGGAUGACCUAUUUCUUGUUACUGUUAUUUUACCAGAUAAUCGACUUUCUAUUUUAAUUCUUUCCUGAAAACACUGUAUUUCUACUUUUGCUUUUCUACUUCUUUGUCACCUAUGAUUUGUACAGAAACGAACCGUAGCGUCUGAAAUUAAUAUCAUGAAAUGUGCCUUGGGGAAAUUAUUCCAUGAUAAUUAGCUUACAUUUCUGGCAGGCUCUUCAGUUUAAAAUACUUCAAAUAUUCCAAUGCAAUAUUGAUUCCAAUGAUGAACACUAAUGUAAACUACUUAUCUAACUAUUUCAGAUUCUAUAUUAUGUCUGUAAUUUAUGUAUUUAAAUGAAAUUGACUGAUGAGAAAUGUAUUAUGCACUCCUUAAGUCUAUUGUUCAGUGAAAAUCUCCCUCCCAUAUCCCUCUAUUUAUUACCUCUUCCUCUCUCUAUCACUCUUCUCAACCUGUUGUCUCUGAAUUAAACCAUCAAACUGAA